CUUCUUUCCCUCCCAAUUCUUCGCCUCAUUGAAUCAGAAUGGCCUCGCCGCCCACAUCUCAAGCAGCCCUGCUAAACGCAGCAGCAACGACAUCUGGCUCUCCCUUACCCAAGACAUCACCGUCAGCCCUAUCCCCCUUCGUGGGUCUCCCGACAGCUUCCACCUCUUCAUCCGCUCUGACACCCUCGCAACAACAACAGCCAGCCCCGCACCCAGCGCAGGGUGGGCCGAUGACACCCUUCGCCUCCGCCUCCGCCUCUUCUCCAGCUGCAGCGGGUGCAGCGGGACUGACACCGAUGGCGCAGCGUAUGGGCAAUUAUACGCCGCAGAGCCAGGCACGUAGAGCAGGUGGUGCAAGGACGGGGGGAGCGGCGGCGCGCGGGCAAGUCAAGAAGACUAGGAGUAUGCAGGAUGAUGUGGAGACUUUUCAGAGGGAGUUGGAUGAGUUGGAGAGGCUGGGCGAGCAAUUCUAUGAUGCAGUCGAGGGGUCGCUGUGCGAGACGGCGAGUCCGGACGCGCAAGCCGCUCUCGAGCACCUCCUAUCAGCCCUCUCACAGACUUUGGCCAGCCUAUCUCGCUCCGUCCUCGGCGGCGUAGCAAUAUCAGCGACAGAAGGAGGCAGCGAAGCGCAGACGAGCCUCCAAGACCGGAUAGCCGCGCUACGAGCAAAGGGAGGGGCGAGCGACGAUGCCUAUGAGCGGAGGCAGCGCCUCGUUGAGGCAAGUCGGGCGGUGGCGCACGUCUUGUCAGCUACGACGACGACGACAACAACGACGGCGAGACCAUCCUGACCAGCCCUCCCAUGUAAAUGCAUCGCCAUCUAUUACGUCGUCGCACGCCAUCACAUCGACUCCCCGCCCUCUUCCCUCCCCUCCUCCACGCCAAGCAUAGCCCAAAUCCUCCUCCCAAUCUUCAUCGCAUCAUCCUCCCUCGCCGCGCGCUGCAGGGCCUCCUCUACCAUCCCUGCCGGCACAGCACCCAUAGCCGUCGCCUUUCCCUUGAUCAAGAGUUCCACGAUCUCCCUAUCAAACUCCGGGUGACCCUGCAGCGUCAGGAUCUGGCAUCCUCGCGGGGGCGAGGGACCGGAGGAGGUGGGAGGGGUGAAUGUAUCGAAGGCGAUGAACUGGGAGGUUUGAGCGACCGAAGGCAUGGGGGGUGAGUCGGUAGGGUAGCGCAGGCAGAGGGAUUGGAUCGGCGUCGCGGAGGUGGAGCAGAGGUUGAGGAAGGGAGUCCCGUUCAGGUCCUCGGGCAGGGCGGUUACGUG